UUUAAAACUGGAUGGAAAAUUUUCCUCCUGCUCACUCAGAUCUCAGCCCAGUACUCACAGCCCUACCCCUCUGUCCUCAGUACUGCUCUGCUCCCGUCCCAGCUGUUAGACACAAUGAUGGACCUGAGGACUUUGUUUUUCACCAUUAUUCUGGUGCCGUGGAUGCUCUCUUCUGCAGCAAGAAAUGGAUACAUGGAAGCAAGGAAACCUAAGGUAAUUUUUGGAAGUGCAUAUCUUUUGUAAAUAUUUUUGGGCAAAUGUAUGAUUAUUUGAUUUUGUUUAGAGUUUUUGAAAAUGUGUUUUUGAGGCAGGAUCCCAUAACUAUUUAAAACCUUCUUACCAGAAUCUGUCAUACAAUUACAAAGCUUAAAGUUUGCAUAUGAGAGUUGUUAUUGAAUGUAUAUCCCCAUUUCAGCAAAUCAUAAAAGUCCCUCACACCAGGUGCCAAACCCUAUCCCUGCCUAAAUGAUGACUCAACAUACAGUAUUAGUCUGUGAUGACUAUACAUUGGGGGUCUGAGAUUACAAAUGAAUGCUUGCAGAUAAUCAGACUGUUAGUAAAACUCAGUUGGUGUGAAAUAAAAUACCCAGCUUAUGUCUUCUCUUGUGAGGUGAUCUGGAGACAUUUCUUCUAAACAAUUCCACAGAAAGAGGCUGUGACCAUCCCAGACUAUGACACCGCUGGAGACUCAGAUACAAGCCCAGCAGCAGCUCCUAAAGAUGAGGGUGGUGAGUUUAUUCUGGAGACACACUGGAGAAAAGGGCUUCACAAUAACUUAUUUAUUAAGGCCAUAUGCUAGAUCUAAUGAGCCGUUUUCCCCUUUGUGAAUGCAGUAAACAUCCAAACAUUACAGCAGGAAUGUUAAAUGUAGUUCCCUGUUGACUAGUAUGGCACACGUUUAUGUUUGGUUUCUAUAAAGAAUGAAGAGAGAUGAAUACAGGGAGGGAUUACUUGGCUGAUCGAUAGGAAAACUUGGAAGUCAUUGCUGAAGGAGAAUGCAUUUAAAGGACAUGGCUAUGGAUUUCAGAGCUGCCCACGUGCCUGCUGUGUGUGUGUCUGACUGGGUCGGUAUACUGUGAGGAGGUCUCCCCCGAGAUGACAGCAGUUCCAUCCCUGCCCAAGGAAACUGCCUAUCUCUACGCACGCUACAACAAAAUCACAAAAAUCACCAACAAAGACUUUGCAGACAUUGGUAAGUGAUUAGAGUGGCUUUGUAACACUGUGGACUUUUUUAAAGACCAACAUUAAGAUGUAAUUCACUUAUCACUCUAGCUUUUUUAGUGAACAUCUCUAAAGUUUAUGGUCUUUAACAUUUUAUAGCAACUUUGAGAAGAAUCGAUCUGACUGGGAACCUCAUCUCUGAGAUAGAAGACGGAGCUUUCUCAAAGCUUGCUCUCCUUGAAGAGCUCAAUCUCUCAGAGAACAAGCUGGCCAAACUACCCAUGUUACCUGCCAAACUCAUAUCCUUCAAUGCCAAUUACAACCAGCUUAAAACCAAGGGUGUAAAGUCAACUGCUUUUAAGGUAUGCCAGGAAGUCAGUCCAAGAUUCUGGAGCAAACACUUUUUUUUUUUUUUUUACAUACAGUAACAUUUUACAGUCUGAGUAAUUGUUGCCUUGAAUGUCAAUAGAAUUUGAACAACAAUUUCCAUGCCAAACAUGAAUCUUACCUGAAAUACCAUGCAGUAUGUAAACAAAACAUCAAAUCUCUUUUCUCAGAAACUCACCAAGAUGGUGUACCUCUACCUUGGCAAUAACGAGCUUGAGGCGAUCCCACAACUUCCAGAGAGUCUGCACAUUGUGCACCUAUAUGUCUGUUUACAACUUUCCCUCCCACAGCAAUAACAUUUAGACAAAUAUGUAUAUUUUACCUAACAACACAUUUUAGAGUAUAAAUGCAUGUGCAGGCAAAUGUAUAAUUGUAAAAAACUAAACAAAAAAGUUUUUACCAACCAACAUCUUGUCUUCUAAUCUACUCCCCCUGCAGAACAAUAAGAUCACCACGCUAUCGGAUGAGACCUUCUGCCAAGGCAACAACACUCAGUACAUCAGAGCCAACAUGGAGGAGGUGAGACUGGACGGCAACCCUCUGAUGCUGGCCAAGCAUCCCAACAGCUUUGUUUGCCUCAGGGCCCUGCCCAUUGGACCGUACCACUGAACCAGUGGGAUACAGUCUAGAGAGGACCACAAUACUACAGUGAGGGGUUCCCUUGUGAAAAGGGCUAACUAAUGUAAUACACAAGUCAAUAGAUCAUAGCGCAGGAGUGGCAUGUAAUAUGAGAAGUGUGUACCGGUAUGUUACGAUAUAUAGAGCAGAGCCAUGUAAUAUGAGAAAUGUGUUUGUUUUGUAAGUUACAAUUGAAUGAGUCUCUUAGGUUGUCUUUCCAACCAUGAUUGGUUAAAUUGGUGUCCUCUUAAGUAGUGCAGGAGUGAACAUAGGAGUUCUCUUACACGACAUAACUAUAUGCACAAUACUCUUGAGACCAUUUUUCCUCAAUGUUUAUGUUGUUUUAUAUUUCCAAUAGCACAUCUGGAUAUUGCAUCAGUUGCAUUCAUCUACUUUUCAAGUAAUAAAGGCUAAUAAAUGUACAUAAAGUCUAACUACAAUUUGCAAACAUUUGAAACUGUUAACAUAUAUUUUAAAUGACAUGUAACUUCCCGUAAAAGUUUACAUUCAUUUAUCAGAAUAAAAACAAUACAAAAUUAUUCAAACGACACUGCGAUGUCUCCACUGAGUAAUGUCACUUUUAUUAGACGAAUACCACGUUGUCAUGUUUGGCUCAUAAAAAUGUUUCAUCCCAUCUCAGUAUAAUGAAGAGUACAUAAAUAAACAAUGUUUUAUUUUCUCCAUACAUUAAAUAUCAGUCUUUUGAACCAUCCAGAAAUGUUUGCCUCAAGUCUAUUGCAUUGCAAACACCAGUGUUUGUGUCCCGAUCACACCUCAAGUGUUCCACUUCCAUUAUAGUGGCUACUGGUUCAGUAAUUCACUUGGCUACUGGUUCAGUAAGUACAAUCAAUCCAUCAUCGAUCUUCUGCUGGUAUUCCCUCUCUGACUUCUUUCUUCUGUAGACAUCAUCUGAAGGAGAAAUGGAGAUGAAUGAAACAGAGGGUGGGUUAACUGAUUCUAUAAUAGACAAUAUAUUACACUCUUUACAGUAGCAGAACCAGUGACUUAAAAAUUGCACAAUCUUAGCUUUCUGAAGAGGACCAACAGACUUGUAUUGACUGUAACCUAAGCAGUAGCCCAAGUUGUCUGAAACCAAUUUAUACUACAGUGUCGAUUUCAGACGAACAACUGGAGCAGGGUUUGAAUGAGUGACCCUUUGGUUACAGGACAAGUGCCAUACAAGCGUGGGCUCUUGUGGCAGAGGUAGUACUCACAUUGGGAGGCCACAGGCACACUCCCUUUUAUACAUCCACACAAACUGUAACUCCAUUAAAAGCCCCGAGCUAUCAAGGACUAUCCCACUGUAGUGAACAACCUGAAUAUGGCUUAAAACAGAAACUUACAGGGCCGGUGCACUAACGUUAACUCCCACCUGUGCUAUAACAAUAAAAGUGUGGGCCCUCUUGGCAGAGGUAGGAGUACUACCGUACGUACAUUCACAUACAGUGAUGCUUAAACAGUGUUUGCUUGUUUGACAGUGCAGAUAAAGUCAGCCAGAGGUUUGAAUACUUACAGAAUGUCUCCCUUCCUAUCCUCACGUUGAUCAUGACCCAUUCCAUCACACCUCCAAUACAGAAGAAGACAGGCAGAAAUCUGUACACCCCAAAGCGACGUUUCCCUGGCACAAGACUCAGGAUGUACUUGAUAUUUUGACUCUUCCUCUGAAACAUUUCUCUCUUCUGUUCCUCGUCUUUCAACACUCACAGUAUUUUCAAUUACCUAAGUAGCAGGCAAGGUAGCAUACCGGCUAAGUAAAAUGCCGUCGAUAAUCCCUUGUUAUGUUACUUACUUUAUUGCAUACCAUGCAUGGAGACCUUACUUGUCCUUUACCACUGCUUUGAUCAUGAAG